AUGAAUAAAUGUAUGUUGUCUUUCCACCUGAUCUCACAGCAAGCCAACUGGAAAGAAAUCGUAAACAAAAAGUUGAAGUUCCCGGAUGGCCUCCUCAGCGCCAUUCAGGAUGGCCACCUGGGGAAGGUCCAGCAGCUGCUGCAGGUGAGCGAUGGGAUCCUGAGGCAGCUGGAUGAUGCCGAGGACCGGGCGUGGAGAGAGGCCCUCAACCAGGCCAUCCGCUCGGGCAGCGAGGAGAUGACCAAGACGCUGCUGCGCUUCGUCAAGUUUGACUUCCGUCAGGUCCACGAGGCCUUGCUGGUUGCCGUGGACACCAACCAGCCCAACGUGGUCAAGCUGCUGCUGGACCGGCUGGACCAGGAGAAGGGCAGCAAGAUGGACGUCAAGUCCUUUUCCAUGGCCUUCUUUGACAACUCCAUCGACAACUCGCGCUUUGCCCCUGGCGUGACGCCCCUCACCUUGGCUUGCGAGAAGGACCUCUACGAAAUCGUGGACAUGCUGAUGAAGAAGGGGCACGCCAUUCCGCGGCCCCACAAGGUCUCCUGCUCCUGCCUGGAGUGCUCCAACGGCCGCAAGUUUGACCUGCUCAAGUUCUCGCUUUCGCGCAUCAACACCUACAAGGGCAUCGCCAGCCGGGCACACCUCUCCAUCGCCAGCGAGGACGCCAUGCUGACCGCCUUCAAGCUCAGCCGGGAGCUCAAGCGCCUCUCCAAGAAGGAGCCGGAGUUUAAGCCAGACUACCUGUCCCUGGAGCAGCUGAGCCAGGAGUUUGCCUUUGAGCUUCUGGGCAUGUGCCGCAACCAGAGUGAGGUGACAGCCGUGCUCAACGACAUGGGGGAAGAUGUGAUGGACGAAGAUGAAGAUGGGGUCGAUGACCAGGCCUUUGAAGAGGGGAUUCCUAACCUGGCAAGGCUCCGCUUGGCCGUCAACUACAACCAGAAACGGUUCGUGGCCCACCCGAUCUGCCAGCAAGUCCUGUCGUCCAUCUGGUGUGGAAGCCUGCAGAGCUGGCGGGGCAGCACCAGCCUCUGGAAGGUCUUCAUCUCCUGCUCCAUCUUCGUGUCCAUGCCCUUCCUGUGCCUGGUCUACUGGUUCGCCCCCAAGUCCAAGGUGGGCAAAAUGCUGAAGAUCCCCGUGAUCAAGUUCCUGUUACAUUCGGCCUCCUACCUCUGGUUCCUGGUCUUCCUGCUGGUGGAGUCGCUAGUCCUGGAGUAUCACCAUGACAAGUUCACGGGGCGGAACCAGAGCAUGUGGGAGACGUCGCUUCACAUGUUCUGGGUGGCAGGUUUCUUCUGGUUCGAGUGCAAGGAGGUCUGGAUCGAGGGCUUGCGCAGCUACCUGCUGGACUGGUGGAACUUCCUGGACAUCGUCAUCCUCAGCAUGUACCUGGCCUCCUUCGUGCUGCGAGUCCUGAUCUUCCUCAAGGGCAACUACUGUGCGGAUAGCAGCUCCUCCUCCCCCGAAUGCUACUAUUAUACCAAAGCGGAGCGGGUGGAGUGGCGCACGGAGGACCCCCAGUUCAUGGCCGAGGUGCUCUUUGCGGUAACCAGCAUGCUGAGUUUCACCCGCCUGGCUUACAUCUUGCCGGCCCAUGAAACCUUGGGGACGCUGCAGAUCUCCAUUGGCAAGAUGAUCGAUGACAUGAUUAGGUUUAUGUUCAUCAUGAUGAUCAUCUUGACGGCGUUCUUGUGUGGGAUGAACAACAUCUACGUCCACUACCAGGAGUCCGAGCGGCUGGGGAGCUUCAACGAGACGUUCCAGUUCCUCUUCUGGACCAUGCUUGGGAUGGAGGAGCACAACGUGGUGGACAUGCCCCAGUUCUACAUGGCGGAGUUGAUGGGCCGGGUGCUCUACGGGGUCUUCACCAUUGUCAUGGUGGUCAUCCUGCUCAACAUGCUCAUUGCCAUGAUCACCAGCUCCUUCCAGAAAAUAGAGAACGAUGCCGACGUGGAGUGGAAAUUCGCCCGCUCGAAGCUGUACUUGUCCUUCUUCAGGGAAGGUCUGACGCUCCCGGUUCCCUUCAACAUCAUCCCCACCCCAAAGUCCGUCUUCUACGUCAUCAGGGGCCUCUUCCGCGUGCUGUGCUGUUACAAACCCAAACGGCAGCAAAAAUACCCCCCUCUUCCUACCAUCUCUAACCCCUCCGUGGAUGACGGUGGUGGCGGCCUGCGGGCGGACAGCCGUGGUGCCUACCGGCGCCAGGUACUCAAGGCAUUGGUGCAGCGCUACAUCGACACUGCCAGGCGGGAGUUUGAGGAGAGCCGCCGGAAAGACCUGGGCAACCGCCUGACGGAGCUGAACAAGUCGGUGCUGCGGCUGCACGCCGAGAUGAAGCACCUGCGCCAUGCCGUGACGGCCAACAGCACGGCGGCCAACCCCCUGGACGGGGCCAGCGUGCUGCGCAAGUACAUCAUGAAGGUGCGCAACAGCUUCCAGAGCUACGACCACGACUCCGGCAGCUCCGGCCAGGGCUCCCCCACCGAGGUCGUCGUGCACCAGAACGGGCUCGCCAUCCCCCAGGAGGCGGAGGAGGAGGAGGAGGCGGGGGUGGGGGUUCCGGUACCCCCGCAGCCCCCCGAGGGGGAGCCGGAGGCUGAGCAGAUGCCACCCCAGGCCGACGCGGAGGUGGCGCACGAGGAAGAGCUGGCGGGAGAGCCGGAGCCCUGA